AGCAGCUCCGCCAGCCGUCACCUGACUUUGACGCAGGCGCUCCAGCUUCCGCGCAUGUAAACAGCAACGGCGGAAAAGAAAUCUCACGACAUGGAUCCCGGACGUCGACUUCCAGGCGCCGCAGCGGUCGUCUGGCUGCUCUUCCUCUCCCUCAUCCCCCCGGCGGAGGCGUACGACGCCGGCGACGCUCUAGCCCUGCUGCUGGGCGCCAUCGUGGCCGUGGUGGGCGUCUGCGCCGGACUCGGCUGGUACGCACGGAGGCGAAAUGGACGGCUGUGACGAGAGGGGCUCCACCGGUUCGUGCGCCCCGUCUGCCCCUGUUACCAUCCACCCGCUUUCAUAAUAAGAAACGUGCCUUUUUGGAGUUAAUGCGUCGAGCUCAACGGGAGGCACGUGGACUCAUGAUGGAGGAGGAGGAGGGGGGAGGGGGGGCAGACAUCCAGGAAGUCCAAAAACCAGGAACUGUUGUUUGUCGCACUGCUGAGAUUAAGGACCAUCACUGUCGCCUUCUUUAUGAAAUAAAGACUGCCGCAUUUACUGUGUAUCCUCCGAAGGAUGCUCGCAUUGCAUAGAGCCUAGAGCAUAUUUGUCCCACGCGUGAAGUGAUCACCAUAGUUCUGAAGCACAACAUCACGCGCGCGCGCGCGGUGAAAUGACAUCAGUGGAGCUUGCUGUUGCAUUCUGUGCUAAUGAAACGCUUUGUGAAGAAUAAACUGAUUCGCCUGAUGCUCUUCACAACAA